AUGAAAAAGCAACUGAUGAAGCUAGUGAAGAUUCACACGGACAAGAAUCCUUCUGACAUGAUGACCAAGGGUGUCACCAGAGACAAACUGGAAGUUUGCAAAAAUCUGACCGGGAUGGACUUCAAUCCUAACAUGGUGCUGGUGUUCUUGUAUGUUAUGUGCUUUGCAUGGUCAUGGGGACCUCUUAGUUGGCUGAUUCCUAGCGAAACCUUCCCUCUCGAGACUAGAACCUCAGGCUUUGCUUUCGCUGUCAGCUCCAACAUGUUGAUGACUUUCUUGGUGGCUCAAGCUUUUUUAUCGAUGCUCUGUCACAUGCGAGCCUUCAUAUUUUUUUUCUUCUCGCCUUGGAUUUUGGUCAUGGGAUUGUUUGUGGUGUUCCUCGUGCCGGAAACGAAGGGCGUUUCGAUCGAUUCCAUUGUGGAAAGGGUGUGGAAGCACCAUCCAGUGUGGAAGAAGUUCAUGAAUGAUGACGGUCCAAAGAGCCAGGAGAUGAUCUGA